AUGCCUUCUCUCGUGAGCGCAGUUAUAAUCGUUUCAGUUGCUCAUUUCAUACUUGCUAAAGAAGACAAUCGAGCGAUUCCAGUGCUUAUGCCAUCAAAACUAUCUACAUCACAAGUCUACUAUCUAUGUCCCGAUAGUACGAUUCAGUAUGAGUUCAAAGCUUGUGAUCCUCCCAAUCCAAUUCAAUGCGCUCACGGCCAAGCAUGUCGUUUAAGUAAACUGAUCGAUACCAACCAUACUGAUCAAAACUCCUCUGAUCGAUACGUUUAUCAGUGUUGCGAUGCGUCUCAUAUGACUCUCCAAGACUGGUUUGAAGCGUUGCAGUUGUCACCUCAAAUCAUACCCAAAGUACCCACCUCAAGCAUUGACAAUAUUCAUCUAAAUAACUUCAACUACAACACUCAAUCACCUGUGGUGCAUAUGAAUGACGAUAUAAGUGCGCUCAACUAUCCCAACUAUGUUAUCGCCAACAUACAGUCAUUUCAGUUAAGCACUAAAUUGACUAAUCAUCAAGCCACCUUCCUGCACCUACUUCUUCUAAUUGAUGCGAAUAUGAAUCGAAGCACUGCGAUCUUUUUGAAUUACAACAUUAAUUACGAUGAUGAAAUUGAGCAGUCAUCUGCGGUCAACAUCUCGAAUUCAUAUACAAAGCAAGAGCAAUUCUUCGGAGCAAUCAGCCACAAACCAAUACCCGAGCAAGCGACCUAUCGUCAUCAGUACACCGCACUUCUGUUCAGCACUAAGCAACCGAUCACAACCAACAUCACCUCGGAUAUUCUUACGUAUUUACCACAUUUGUCCACUUUCUUAAGUCGCUCGCCUACGGGAGUUCAACUCGGUGACCCAAUCGCAGGAACCUUCUUUUAUGUGCGUUCUUGUGCAAUCAAUCGACCAUUUUACUGUUACGUUAAGCUGUCAACAACGCAGUCGCGAUCGUCGAUCCGUCCAAUCGAUCCGACGACCGAUCGCCGACCCGUCGAAUCGAUUCGAUUGCCGAUCGCCGAUCUGAAUGCAAUGAUGUGA